AUGCAAAGCUAUCUCAGGCCUCCACUCACUAAUCCUUCCCUCUCAGCCAACGCGCGACUGCUCUACGGUAACCGCUGGACUUACGAUGUAGUCAUUGGCCGUGAGACAGCUAUGAAGUGCAGGAUCUGCCUUGUCGCUUACCCUGAUACCGUCACCAAUUCGCACAAGGAUAUAGUGCUCAAGAUCGUUGAUUCAGAUAUCUGCAAGAAACACGACAAGUGGGAAGAUCCGCUCGACCAUGUUAGUCAGGCCAUCUUGAGUUUGGUUGAGGAGCUGGGUGCUGAUGUGGCAGAAAAGACCGGUUUGGUUCCGAAGAAUUCGUUUUUUGAUGGGUUACCUACGGUUACGCGCUCGAGCACAACCACCCAAUUCUGUUGGUGUGAGCUUCAAAAAGGAGCUCGUAUCACUCAGGUGCGCACAAGCAGUGCGUUCAUCAGAUCAGCGAACAAGCAAAACAUAUCAAUACAAAAGGUUCAACAGCUGUCACAAUAUUUAGACUCAUACCGUCUUCUCUGCGACUCAAAUCCCUCUCGGAUCAACCAGAUCUCACCUAAAAUCAACCAACAUCUCAUCGAUUCGAGAAUUGUGGAGCAAGCACAGACUUCGCAACACCCUUCCCGACCAACAGCGACGAUGAUGGUCAAUGACUACUCUCAGUAUAUUGAGCGCAUUAGAGCCCUAGCCAAUGCAAGAUUACUCUUUGGACGCCAUCAAAGUUACGACGUAGUGAUCGGUCGCGAGUCAUCUACAAGAUGUAAAGCCUGCUUGAUCGAAUAUGACGAGAAGCUCAAAAAAGGUGGUUCAGUGCUAGGAAGUGUCAUCAUCGAGAGCAAGCAGUGUUUGCCAAACACUUAUGCUGAAGACGCCCUUCGUCAACUGCUCGUUGAGCUGGAGUUCAACGUAGGAAGACGGAUAAGUGGAUUGGAGAUCUUGGCGAAGAUUGAGGGAAAGAGUGGGCUCAUUUACAUUCAAUAG